AUGAAGAGGAAUAACCACAGCUGUGGUUCUGAAUUUCUUCUCCUGGGGCUCCCCAUCCAUCUGGAAGAGCAAGACCAGUACUACACCCUGUUCCUGGUCAUGUACCUGACCACAGUGCUGGGGAACCUGCUCAUCAUCCUGCUCAUCAGGCUGGACUCCCGCCUCCACACCCCCAUGUACUUCUUCCUCAGCCACCUGGCUCUCACUGACAUCUCUUUCUCAUCAGUCACAGCUCCAAAGAUGCUCAUGAAUAUGCUGACACAGAGUCAAUCCAUCUCAUAUGCUGGGUGCAUUUCUCAGGUAUAUUUUUUCUUAUUGUUUGGUGAUCUUGACAGUUUUCUUCUCACCUCAAUGGCCUAUGACAGAUAUGUGGCUAUCUGCCAUCCUCUGCACUAUGCCACAAUCAUGAGUCAGAACCUCUGUUUUCUGCUAGUAAUUGUGUCCUGGGUCUUGUCCUCUACUAGUGCCCUGGUGCACACCCUUCUCCUAUCCCAUCUCUCUUUCUGUGGUGACAACACUCUGCCACAUUUCUUCUGUGACCUCUCUGCAUUGCUUAAACUCUCCAGCUCAGACACCACCAUCAAUGAGUUGGUAAUCCUCACCGUAGGAGUGGUAGUCAUAACCCUUCCAUUUAUAUGCAUUCUGGUCUCUUAUGGCCACAUUGGAGCCACUAUCCUGAGAGCUCCUUCAGUCAAGCGAAUCUGCAAAGCCUUUUCCACAUGUGGUUCUCAUCUCUCUGUGGUUACUCUGUUCUAUGGAGCAAUUAUUGGGGUCUACUUUUUCCCCUCAUCCAAUAACACUAAUGACAAUGAAGUCAUUGUGGCUGUGUUGUACACUCUGGUAACACCCAUGAUAAAUCCCUUUAUCUAUAGUCUAAGAAAUCAGGAUAUGAAAGGAGCUCUUAGAAAUAUCCUCAGUAAAAGGAUAUUUUCAAUGUAA